UGAGUGUGUGAGAAGUGACGAAUUACUUUUCAUCAAAUGGAAAUAUAAACACGUACAUGUAUAUUUUCUAAAAUUUUAUUAAAUUGUGUAAACUUAAGGAGAGAAAAAUAGUUCUUGUAAACUUCUAAAAUGGCGGAAGGCGGCAGCAAACGCAUAAACGUGGUGGUGAAAACACCAAAGGAUAAGAAAACCGUUGAAGUUGAUGAAGAUUCUGGAAUAAAAGAUUUCAAAAUUCUGGUCGCACAAGAGUUCGAGGCAGAGCCUGAGCAAUUGGUACUUAUUUUUGCCGGUAAAAUAAUGAAAGACACGGACACGCUAAAGAUGCACAAUAUCAAGGACAAUUUGACAGUGCAUCUAGUGAUCAAGGCACCAACUCGCACCAAUGAUACACCCGCCCGUGCGCCAGCCGAUGUCCGACAAACACCAUUCGGUCUCAAUCAGUUUGGUGGCUUGGCCGGCAUGGAGGCCCUGGGUGCUGGCUCGAAUUCGUUUAUGGAUCUACAGGCGCGCAUGCAAAAUGAGCUAUUGAAUAAUGGCGAUAUGUUGCGCUCACUAAUGGAUAACCCUCUGGUGCAGCAAAUGAUGAACAAUCCGGAAACCAUGCGUCAGCUGAUCACCUCGAAUCCUCAAAUGCAGGAGCUGAUGCAGCGGAAUCCAGAAAUAUCACACAUGCUAAACAAUCCCGAUCUGUUGCGCCAGACCAUGGAACUGGCACGCAAUCCAUCUAUGCUACAGGAACUAAUGCGCUCUCAUGAUCGUGCAAUGUCGAAUCUGGAGUCGGUGCCAGGAGGCUAUAGCGCUUUGCAGCGUAUCUAUCGCGACAUUCAAGAGCCAAUGAUGAAUGCAGCUACCGAGUCGUUCGGUCGCAAUCCGUUUGCUGGUUUGGUCGACGGCGGUGGUGCCGGUAACGCAGGUGGAGUCAAUCCACAACAGGGUACCGAGAAUCGCAACCCUUUGCCUAAUCCCUGGGGUGGCACUGGCAAUCGCACGGGAGGCGCACAGUCUAACAAUAGCGGAACCGGUGGCGCCGGAUCAAACAAUCGCACUGGCGACAUGCCACCCAACAACAUACUCAACACACCGGCAAUGCGAAGUAUGUUACAGCAAAUGGCUGACAAUCCGUCACUUAUGCAGAAUUUGCUCAAUGCUCCUUAUACGCGCUCCAUGAUGGAGUCGAUGUCGCAGGAUCCGGAGAUGGCUUCGCGUUUGCUCAGCACUAGCCCGCUACUGGCCAAUAAUCCCCAGCUACAGGACCAAGUUCGCCAAAUGAUGCCGCAGUUUAUGUCACAAAUGCAGAACCCCGAUGUCAUGGGUAUGCUAACCAAUCCGGAUGCCCUCAAUGCCAUACUACAGAUACAGCAGGGCAUGGAGCAGCUGCGCACCGCUGCGCCAGGACUUGUGGGCACUCUGGGUAUACCGCCGCCACCGCCGGGAAACACUAACACUGCAGAUCCGGCCAGCGGUGAUGGUAAUCCAGCCAGCACCAAUGCAACUAGCACCAAUACGACUUCGACAACUACAACACCAGGAAACGCCAGCACAACCACACCAACUCUGGCGCCGGGUGGUGGUCCAAAUGCGCAGCUCUUCAACGAUUUCAUGAUGCGCAUGCUUAACGGCAUGUCGAGCAAUGCGGAUAAUACACAGCCGCCGGAGGUGCGCUAUCAGUCACAGUUGGAGCAACUGGCCGCCAUGGGAUUCGGCAAUCGUGAGGCAAAUUUGCAAGCUCUUACUGCAACAUUCGGAGACAUAAAUGCUGCCGUAGAGCGCUUGUUAGCCCUAAAUCAAUUGUCUUUGAGUUAACACAGUUAAGCAAACGCCCAAUAUAACUUUGUAUACUGUCUCUACAAGGAAAGUGAUGGUUAUGCAUAUACCAGGGAAAAACUAUGCAAAAUCCACGCUGCUAUCAAAUUUACCAUGAAAGGAAAUACCUUGAAUCCUAUAAGAAGCAACACACAAAAAACAAAAAUUAAUAAUUUCACGUAUGCACAGACAUAAUUGCACGGUCUGCACCUUUGCCCAACGCCUGAAGCAGAAGGCGUAAAGGAAAGAUCCAUCAUACAUAUAAACGAAUCACAUUUGCUAUUCACCAAACGAUGCCCAAUCCCGCGCAAACAAGAGACCCCAGAUUUUCACACAUCAAUACAUCCUAUAUUACAAAUUUCAUUGAACGGCAAACUUAAGAUUUUGAGCAAAUUUUUGUUAGUUUUUUUUUUGUUUUUUUUUCCUUGAAAUUUUUCAAAUGUUUAAAGAAUGAAACUAUUAAAGCGGAAAUGAGUGAACUAAUUAACAAACGUAUACAGACACUUUAAUGGGCAACUAUUUAGGAAAAACUGUGACAACAAAAACGAAAACACACACACCACACCAUAAACAAUUCAUAAGUUUGUAAAUUUAAAUGUCUCUGUAAAUUUGUUUAUCGUUUUCUUUUUAAGAAUUGUUCUUUAACUAUGUCUUUGUGCAGUGUUGCUAAGGAGCUGAUCAAAUUUUGGGUUAAUUAAGUACUACCUACAUAUGUAUGUAUAGAUUGGACUUUAAGCAUAAACCAUACCAAUGGUAGCGGCGGUGUAUGGAUGCAAUGGAUGAUGUUGUUAUAAAAUCUAAACUUUUAUUUUAUGCUUAUAAUACAUAUAUAUAUAUGUAAACGUACAUACAUAUGUACAUGAAAAAAUAAGUAAACAUUUAUAAAAAAUAUUCCAUGGUGUUACAAAAAAGACGUAAACUAUUUAAACAAAAACGAAGAGAAAUACAAAAACAAUUCCUCUGCAAACAUUGCUUUAGUUGUCAUUGUACGAUGGACGGACUCUGGGGCGGCUAGUCAACCCAUAUACAUAUGUAUGUAUGCACGUAUUGGCCGACCAGAUACCGCCCAUAGGAACCUUAUAUACCAAUAUACAUAUACAUUAAAUAUACUAUAUAAAGCUGAGCAACGUAAAUUUAAAAUACAUUAAUUACACUUACCUCUAUUUUUCUCUCUGUACGAGUUCUUGUGUUUAUCAAUAUUACAUAUACGAAAAAUAUAACUACCUACAUACAUAUGUACAUAUAUCUGUAUGUAUGAAUGUAUGUGUACAUAAAUAAGUGCAUAAUAUGCGUUUGUCGCCAGCUGAUGAGAGAACUACAAACUACAUCCAAUGUAGACUAGGCAUAUCAUCAAAAGGCUCUCUGGCGAUAUUCACGGUGCCGACCCAGACGGGCAAACCCAAACAGACAGCAAAAAGCCAAAACUUUUCCACAUUUAUGCAAUGCUUGAUGGGCCGUGGAAUUCCUGGUUGUAGAAAUGAUCGAUAUCGGCCCAUUACAUUUAUGGGCUAGCAUAUCAUAUUUUUUUUUCUUUUUUUUUUACAAAAGGUGAAAGCUCUAGUUCUUAUUUUGAAACGCGUAACGGACAAUCUGGCCUUGCAUAGAUGUGGGCACAGUAAUGGGCAAUUAUGUAUGUACGAUUACGAUAUUGCGGAUAGACGGGGCCUAAGCAGCCACAAUCAUACGCAUAGCAUAACUAUGUUAAUUUGUGUAUUGAAUAUAAAAAAGGAGUAAAAAACGAAAUAAAAAAUCAAAUAAUUGUAAA